GGGAGAUGCCGGGCCAGGGACCGGGGGCCGGGACCGAGGGCGGCGGCAGCGGCGGAUCAGUUGGACAUUCUUACUACCAAAAUUCCAAAGGUCCCGAUAAAACCAAAGAUGGACACAAAGUGAACUCUCACAUAUCCAAGAUACAAGAGUUAUGGAAAACACCUCAAAUUCAAACAAUUCGCCUCCCUAAAUUGAUGACAGACACAUCUAUUCUAAAGCAUCCAGACCUCACCAUAGGCCAGAAACGCUAUCUGUGCAGCAUUGCCAAGAUCUAUAAUGCCAACUAUCUGAGGACGCUAAUGAAGAGGCAGUACGUGCACGUGAUUCAGCGCAGCUCGCAGAAGCCAGGUGUCCUCACUCCGCACAAGAACCGCCUCAGCUCUCGCUGCUCACAGAAGCUGCAUCACCCCUGCACUACUUGGCGGCACCAGGUGGACAGAGAGGAGUCCAGCAUUGUAACUGCAGCCACGCCUGAAAUGAUCAUACAACAUUCCUUAUGGCGACCAGUGAGAAACAAAGGGUCAAAACCUGGAUAUGCAUCUAAGACAAGAUGUAAGUCACUGAAGAUUUUUAGAAGACCAAGCAGGCUAUUCAUGCAACCAGUUUCUUCAGCUGAUUCUGAAUUCUACCUGAAUGAAGAAAGACAGGAAGAAGACUUGCUAAAUAAAUGUAUGCAAUCAAUGUCAAUUGAAGAACAGGGAGAGCAUCUGAUGCUGACCUGACAGCUCUGUGCUGGGUACUGAAUUCAAACACCAACUGACACUCAGAUUCUGUGCCAAAGGUCAGGAAGGAGCUGUGAAUUGUGUCCUCUCAACAUUUAGGAUAGUAUUGUUAUUCACCAUUAAUCAAUUCAUUUGUUCACAAACUUUUACAACAGUGUAAUUGGUCUGAUACAGUUCUACAUGCCAAUGAUAUUUAUGUAAUUAAAUAUGUAUAGUAUAUGCUUGCAUUUCU